AUGACAAUAUUGAAUGUAGUUCGACACAUACUAUUAUACACACACGCCGUUUCCUUCCUCUCCGGUCGUUCAAACAUCAAAGGGUCCAAAGAAACAGCCCAGAUAGGAUUCCUGGUAGCAGAGGACAACCACCAAAAAGACAACCUUCUGAAGCUCGUAUCAUUCGCAGAGGAGAGGUUCAACAACGCUUCAAGAGACGGCUCAGUACAAAUAUUGGUUGAGACGUAUGAUCAGUUCUCUUUGUACGGUCUAGUUGAAGCUACUUGCAGUCUUGUAGAGGAGGGGGUGUCUGCUGUGAUCUCCCCUGAAGGUUCCAGUAAUGUAGCUAACCAGGCAGACAUACUCGGCCCUUUAAAUAUACCCCUCUUAUCAAUUGUAGCUACUGAUCCACAGAUAAAACGAGAUUCAAGAAGAAGUUUACUGCUUCUCUCGGCUGGAGAUGAUUACCAAGCAAGAGCGAUCCUAGAUUUGUUAAAGUUCUAUGAUUGGAACGAGGUUUCUCUUGUAGCUUCGGACAGUAGCUACGGAACAAAUGCCAUCAAUGCGUUCCAGAACCUCCUUACUCUGGAGACUUCCAGAAAGUUCUCAAUAAAGUCAUCUACCUUCUUCAGAGCCCACCGCCAGAUACAUCAGAUUAAUUUCACAAGUACUCUAGGGAUUUUGAAGAGGUCACUAACGAGGGUGGUAAUCCUAAUCUGUGAGAGUGAGUACGCUAAACCCAUCUUUGAGGCUGCCAAUGAGAUGGAGAUGAUGUCAUCAGGAUAUGUGUGGAUAGUAACAGAUGCUAUCACUGCUAAUCCACGGGCCCUUGCUUUUGGGGGAUUCUAUCCGAGUUACUACGAGGGGCUCAUAGGGAUCACUCCAUCAAUAAACACCAACUCUAAUACGUAUAAGACGUUCAAAGAUCAACUUUUGUUGCAAGAGCGCAGCUUGACGGCCGAUAACCUCACUCCACACCUGACAUUAACCUAUGAUGCAAUAACCCUUGUCGGAAAGGUACUAAACAAUUUACAGUACCAGACAACUGAACAAAGUGCAAGUUGUACGCAGCAGAGAUCUUGGAACAGUGGCGAAUUGGUGUCUCGUAAAUUGAGAUCUACUCCCAUGAAUGGUAUCACGGGUUUCUUCAACUUUACAAGUGAAGGUCGCAGAGCUAAAGCAGCCUACAACAUAGUCAAUUUUGUCAACCCCGGCGUAUUCGCCCACAUUGGACAUUGGACAAGUCACGACGGUCUGCACAUGCCCUACCACAAAGACUCGGACGAUGUACAGUUUAUAGGAGGGGUCACGUACCAUCCCCGAGGGAGUCCUAAGGGACUUUCUGGUGAACAUCUCCGACUUGGUGUGACAAACAACGCUCCCUUUGCAGCGUAUAUAAAGGGGUGUGAAGGCACCAAGUGCUGGGAAGGUAUAACACCAGAUACUGUCAGGAAACUUGCUGCAGAUUUGAACUUCACCUAUGAGUUCGUUGAACCCGAAGACAAGCUAUUCGGGACUUAUAACAAAGAGACCGAAGUAUGGACUGGACUGAUAGCUGAUCUUCUCAGCAAUCGUAUAGACAUGAUCGCCAUGGACCUUUCAGUAAGCUUUGAGCGGAAAACUUACAUAGACUUUUCGGUGUCCUUCAUGGACUCUGGGAUCAGCUUGGCAGUGAGGGGCCAAUCUGACAAAGGCAAUGUUUUCUUCUUCCUGAGCCCCUUCAGUGAGAGUGUGUGGAUAAUGGUGAUAGUAUCUAUAGUGAUAGUAUCUCUGAUACAGAGUCUCUUCAACAAGCUCUCGCCAAGUGGAGAGUACGGCAGGAUAGUUCACGCCAUGCAGGUCUGUGACUGCACUGAAUGUGUCAGGAGACGGGAGAUAACAAUCCAGGAAAAUGUCCGACUGAAGGAUUACAAAGAUACAGAGUGUUUAGUGGAUCAGGCUAAGGAGUUCAGCAAGGAGGACAUGUCCCUGUUCAAUGCAGUUUGGAUAGUUGGGGCAGGUUUUGUAGGCCAGGCAGGGGAAGCCAUGCCAACUAGUUCCUCCGGCAGGUUCGUUCUCUUUACUUGGUGGUUCUUUGUGAUGCUCAUGACAUCUCUCUAUACAGCUAACCUUACUGCCUUCAUUACACUAGACAAAAUUGGAGUUAAAAUAGAUAAUGCAAAGGAUCUUUUGAGUCAAAACAGAUAUACCUGGGGUAUUUUGAAUGACAGUUUCGUUGAGGCUCUUUUAGAAAAUAACAUUGACCCUGAAUAUAAGAAGAUUCUAGACCGAGCAGAGAAACUCACAAGUGUAGCUGACGGAGUACAGAGAGUUCGAGAUGGUAAUUUUGUCUUCAUAGACGAGACCCCGGCAAUCUCUUACAACGUCAUGGGUGAGUGUGAUAUUUUCUACGUUGGAGGAGAAGUUCAAACUUUUGACUAUGCGUUUGGUUUUCCAAAGAACUCACCGUACUCCCCGCUGAUAAACACACAACUAAUCAGACUUCGUGAGCAGGGGUUCUUUGAUGAAGUGUGGAAGAGUUGGGAUAAGACACCUGAUCAUGUAGGAUGUGGCUCCAGCAACAACAACAGCAAGGGGGUAACACUCACGCUCACAAAUGUUAGGGGGAUAUUUCUGUUCCUUAGCAUCGGUGUCGUCAUCAGUGUUAUGUUGAUACUGAUAGAAAUGGUCAUAGCCGCCCAUAAGGACGAAGGGUAA